AUGUUGGAUUCAUGGGCCAGCGGAGGAUUCCUAAGGAAAAGCGGGGCAGAUGCAAUGGCAGUGAUAGAGGAAUUUGCCACUAACAGCCGCGGGUGGUCGAAGGAGAGGCUUCACUCUAGGAGAGCUGCAGCAGUAGAGACAGAUGAGGAAAACUCCCUAGCAAAAGAAGUGGCAGAGCUGAGGGUUAGGGUAAAUCAGAUGGACACAUCGAGGAGAGAAGAUCUGGUACCACCGACUUCCAUUAUAGCAGUCACAAAACCCGACGCUGAAGCUGCUCCCUUGAGGAUGUCAACUACGUGCAACAAGGAGGCGGUCCCAACCGUUCAUUCAAUAACAACAAUUAUCGCCCUAACCAGGGGGGCGCCCCCUGCAGGAUUUAAUGUGGGGAAAGGUGGAGUUGUUGAGCCCGCAAAGAAGCAGGAGAAAUAUGAGGCAGGGAUCAUGAAAAUCCUUGAAGUGCUAGUGCAAGAUAGAAAGACCAACGACACCAAGAUCGGAGUCGUGGAAGCAAGGUUGAACAACCUCGAGGCUGGAAUUACCACGCUUACAACUGUCGUCACCUCAAUCAAGACCCAGAUGGAUCAAGUCCAACAAAAGAUUGAGGAGAACAAUAAGGCAGCAUCGUGUUCAAUUGACCAAGGAAAAGUGGACAAGGCACUCUGCGAUCUUGGGGCUAGUAUCAACAUCAUGCCACUCAAGUACUACGAGAAGCUCAACAUCGGGCCACUUAUGAAGGCAGACUGCACAAUUAGGUUGGCCGAUAACUCCGCAAUCAAGGCGGUGGGCAUGAUCGAGGACGUAUUGGUAAAAGUAGAUGAUUUCAUCUUUCCCGCUGAUUUCAUUAUACUUGAUAUGAAGGUUGAUAAAAAUGUGCCACUAAUCCUCGAAAGAUAUUUUCUUGCCACGAGCAAAACGCUUAUUGAUGUAGGUAGGGGGGAAAUCACACUUAGCGACAAUGCUAACAAGUCUACCUACAAAAUCGAGAGUGAGAUGUUCAAGUACAAGGAGGCACAAAGGGCCAACAUGGAGUACGAUUACAGAGUCGUAAUGAUGACAGAUACUACAAAGACUAAAGGGCCAAAAGAAGGGGAGGAUUUCUCUAACCCUUCUAUCUUUGUCAUUAAUACUGUACCUCCAGCCCCGAAACAGGGCAAGCCUUACCCCCCUAAAGUUACACCGCAGGGAAAACCGAAGGGGAAGAAGAAGAAGAGUCCAUCACAUGAUGACCCAGAAGUCUACGUGAUCAAGACCGCGAAGGAAAAGUAUAAAUUGUGGAGAAAGAUGGGCACGAAAUUGACACGAAAUUCACGGUUUUCAGCACAGGGUCAUCAACCCGCCUAG